AUGACAAGUGAGAAUCACACAACAGUGAAGGGGGACACCGCUAUGGUGAUGUCUCCCACAGGCUCUGCCACACAGGGGUCUCCCGUUUCACCUUCAACCAGCAAACCAAUGCCAGAGUUGCCAGGUAAGAUAGCCAGUGCUUGACUUGGACUAAAAUAGGUGCCUGUACUCAUUUUGGGUGCCAGUGUUGUUUACAUGUAGGUGCAGGAGCUCCACAAUACUUUUGAGCUAAUAUUCUAUAAGAGGAACAGGAGCUAAGCAGUAGAACAUUUGAGGUGCCGGUACUCAGCUCCGCUGAGCUCCUGCCCAAGUCCAGCACUGAAAAUAGUCCUGGUGAUAUGACAACAAGCAGUAGAUAUAUGGCAUAACUCAGCUUUCCACUUAACAGCUCUGCUUACCAAGCAUUCAUACAAUUAUUUAAAAACCUACGUAGGUAACGCAAGAAAGCUACCCAAAAUGGGGAUCCUAAGUUCUUGCAUCAAGUUAUCAAUGGGCUGCAAACGUCCAUAGUUUUGCUACGCAACGCCAUUUUGCGUAGCUAGAUGUAGUUCUUCCAUGCGUAUAGAUGUAGGGUAUGAAUUAGUGUUGAUGAAGGAAAGAUUGCUGGCUCUGUCUAUGACGACAUGCAACUGAAUGGAGAUAGAUUUGACAUUUCUGACACCUUUCUUGUUUGUGCAGACGAGCUCGUCCAGGCAGGCUGGUCGAAAUGCUGGAGCAAGCGGGAGAAUCGGCCCUACUGGUUCAACCGCUUCACCAAUCAGUCGCUGUGGGAGAUGCCAGUCCUGGGGCAGCACGAUGUCAUUGUGAGUGAAAAAUGGGUAUAGCUGCUUAAUUUGGGACAGAGGGGGAAAUUAUCCUAAGUUCUGUUACAAGUACCUCAGGUUCUCUUUUCUGUCUCUUGAUGGAGCUUGGCUGAACCUCCUUUUUAUUUUGAUCAACAUCACUUGUCUUGUUUUCCAGUUCUGCUCCUAACGCGGCGUCUGGUAUAUUUGUUCCUGUCUUUCUUAGUCUGACCCGCUGGGUUUGAAUGCUGCCCCAGCCGAGGGGACAGGCGACGCCGGCGUGGGCAACGGGCAGCGCAAGAGACGCCUGUCAGAGGAGGCCGCCCAGGGGGGUCCAAACAGCUUCAAGAGGCCCAAGGUGAGUCAUUGAGCAGAUAAAUAUAGAGGCGAAAGAAACGCACACCUAUUUAGGCGAGGUGCUGGCUAACGGAGUAAAACACUUGAAAAUGAUUAUACCCUGAUGAAGACAGCUUGUCUGUCGAAACGUUGGUUAUUAGGAUAUUAAAUUAUUGCAUCUGAGCUCCUAGAGUGUGAGGCUUUCCUUUUCUUUUUCAAGAGUCAUUGAGCAGAACACGUUUCUUACAACUUCAAUUCCACAAAAUUAUACAAGCGAGACAAUUUUCACGCUUCUUUACCAAAGUGAUUCACUUUCGAGCUUAUCUGUUAGACUACGCAGUGCUGUCUUGCCUGACAUGAAGAAAGUCAUGUUUUACUGGAAUCAUAUGGUGUGCCCCUUGUCUCUGUAGAUUGUUUCAUACAUUUAUUAUUUGAAUAUUUCCACUGUCUUAAUUGUCAGUCUAAUCCGAUAUGUGACUGUGUCGUUGACAGAUUGAGGUUGGUAUACCUGUAACCCCAACCACCCCAACCACCCCCACAGUUCCCAUCUCACCCAUUACCCCUGGGGCUAAGCCAUGGAACUCUACCACAGGCACAGAGGACAAGCCAGGGCAGCACUCAAUGCCCGCACCGGCCCCAUACCGUCCCACCGUGUGAGUACAGCCACAUUUCACAAUCGCUGGAAUUGAAAUGUAGACAUCUCAUGGACGCUGCCUGAGGAAGACCUGAUUGGUCGAAACGCGUUGCAAUGGGGGUCCUGCUGUAACAUAAUAUGCUGAUCUGCUCAUAUCUGUAAAUAUUUGAAUUAGGGAUGUAACUAUUCACCGAUAUGCAUUGGUCCAGAUUCAGAUGUUUAAGAUACUACUACAUCGGUCCGAGGACCCCAAAACCGAUCCAAAUGUAGCAUGAAUUGGUCAGAAAAUUGAUUCAAAUGUCACAAACCACUGAUUCACUCAAAUGUUUUGCUCAUAUUACUUUCUUUCUACCUUUCGAAAAUACCUAAUAUUUUGUGACAACUGAUGCGUCCUCUCCUUCAGUGUUGAACUAAGCAUGUAACUGUGUUGACAGUCGUUGAGCUACAAGUCAUUUUGCAUGCCGAACAACCCUAGGGAAUAUCAGUAGCCUAAUCAAACUGCGCACUGUGCCCAGCUUCGCAUGCUGACCAACACAUGGUGGGUGGCCUGUUCCUGAUCUUGCACAUCUGCGCGGCACCUUAAGCAUUCAAAUGCUAAAAUGGCUUGUUCGAUAUUAGGCUUCAUUAGUUGAGUGACAACUGAUGUAAUCUGCUAGGCUAUUAUCUAUGCGCAGUUGAAAAUUGCGUUUUACCAGAAUAAAAGUAAGCUACCGGAGACAAUGGAUUUUUUGAUUGUUCAGGUUCACUAUCAGCAAUAGUUUUGCUUAAACAAUCAGUGUGAUGUUUUGAUAUACAGGGUAAAGUUGAUAAUUUCAUAACGAGGAAUCACUUUUGCGAGGCGCCCUGCAUGGCCAAAGCGGGAGGAGAAAAGAUGCUCACUAAACUUCUAAACGGUCAAAACCAUUCGAUUUUGAGAUGGGGUGAAAACCAAAGUUAUGCUAUAUAUUCAUUGGCUAUGUCGUAGCUGAUUUGUAAAUUAUAAAUAUUGAUACAUUACUAGCUCUAACACUUAAUCUGACAAGUUAAUUAGUGGGUGAUGGUGAUUUCAGAACCAAAGAGUGGAAACAUUUGAAACAUUUGAAACCCCACCUCUUUAAGGAAUACCUGGGAUAGGAUAAAGUAAUCCUUCUACCCCCCCCCCCCCCCCCCCCCCCCAAAUUGUAAAGUGGUUAUCCCACUGGCUAUAGGGUGAAUGCACCAAUUUGUGAGUCGCUCUGGAUAAGAGCGUCUGCUAAAUGACGUAAAUGUGCCCUUGAGCAAGGCACUUAACCCUAAUUGCUCCUGUAAGUCGCUCUGGAUAAGAGCGUCUGCUAAAUGACUAAAAUGUAAAAUGUAAACAAAAAAACAGGCUACAUUGCCCCCCCUAAUCUGAUAGUGGUAGUUGCCUAGUCUCCCUUAUGGCUCAGAUCAGGUGCCUAUAUAGUAUACACUAUAGACAUACAUCAUUCACACACAGUCAGCUCAGAUAGAGGUCAGCUCAGAUAGAGGUCAGCUCAGAUAGAGGUCAGCUCAGAUAGAGGUCAGCUCAGAUAGAGGUCAGCUCAGAUAGAGGUCAGCUCAGAUAGAGGUCAGCUCAGAUAGAGGUCAGCUCAGAUAGAAGGUCAGCUCAGAGAGGCCCAGCUAAUGAGCUCCAUCAGCAGCAGAUUUUAAUUUAGAAAAUGAAUGUGUUAAUGCAACAAAUGUUAGUGCAUCAAACCGAAUCGCACUGAUUCGUUCUCUAAUCAAAUCUAAUCGCUUCAAACUAAAACGUAUCAUUACUGUAUCGGAGCCCAUGUGUCUAGAUACGUAUUGAAUCGUCUUGAAAGGGAAAGAUGCACAUCCCUAAUUUGUAUAGCCUUUAGUGAACCCACAGUUCACUACAGUGUGAUCUCUGCAAUAUACAGGGCAGGCGGGUCUCCUUUUAGUCUUGUUUUGGAUGUAAUGUAGCACCGCAGCUGAUAAUACAGUUCUGUCAAGUUGAAAUGGCAAGUAUGGUAAAUAACCAGUUCUCUCGAUCCUGUGGUAGAAUAUACUGGGACCUGGACAUUCAGACGAACGCAGUGAUCAGAGAGCGAGCCCCCGCCAACCAUCUACCUCCCCACCCGGAGAUGGAGCUCCAACGCGCCCAGCUCACCACCAAGCUACGGCAGCACUACCACGAGCUCUGCUACCAACGAGAAGGUACGUUACCCAUGCAACUGCCAUUGUGUCAAGUCAAACGGCACUAUUAGGCAGCUAGACGUUUGCUUUCUAGAUGAGCUUUAAGUGUCUGUCUGAAAACAGCGCUGACUGUCACUGCUCAAUAUUUUCUACGCCAGUGUGGACUGCAACAGGGUGAGCAGGUUUUCACUCUAGCCCAGGGUCAUGUUCAUUAGGCACCGAACGGAAGAGCACAGACUAAAACGGCAAGGGACUAGCUGGAGUUUUCCGCUAAGCAACGCUCAUUCUCCAUUGUGAAAUGGAUAUUUUUUUUAAAUCCCUAAUGCAUGCCCUAGUGAACACAACCCAGGGGCCGGUAACUCUACGUCCGACGUAAAAUGCGCAGGCUGGACCUAACAUUUUUACUUGUUGCACCACCUGGGCGAUGCCCUUCUCUGAGCUACACCUGGGCAUAUAUUUUAUACCUAGUAGGGAGCAGGCGUAGGGUGUUAAAUUGGGACUAUCUUCUUUCAUGAUAACUCUGAUCCCGAAGUCAGACGUGGCUACGCCCGACCUAGCAUUUAAGAACAACUUUUUUUACGCCCAACUGGUGCAACCGGCCCCAGGUGUUGAAAUUCUCAUUUAGCGUUAUGAAAUGGAUUAAAAUGUUUUCCCUAAUGCAGGCCCUAGUGAACACAACCCAGGGGUUCCUAUUCUCGGCUGACCUUGAUGAUCAAUGAUCUUUCCCCCUCUAAUAGGUAUUGAGCCCCCACGGGAGUCCUUCAACCGCUGGCUGCUGGAGCGCAAGGUGCUGGACAAAGGGCCCGACCCCCUAUUGCCCAGCGAGUGUGACCCCAUCAUCUCCCCGUCCAUGUUCAGAGAGGUCAUGAACGACAUCCCCAUCAGGUCACUGGGAAAGAUAAUCUGUACCCGUCCUAGGGUUAAAUCUGUGCUUGAUUGAUCAUGCCUGGUGCAAAGGAACCAAUGGAAUAAAUAAUAAUAAUAAUAAUAUCAAAUCAAAUCAAAUUUUAUUGGUCACAUGCGCCGAAUACAACAGGUGCAGACAUUACAGUGAAAUGCUUACUUACAGCCCUUAACCAACAGUGCAUUUAUUUUAAACAAAAAAAGUAAGAAUAAAACAACAACAAAAAAAGUGUUGAGAAAAAAAGAGCAGAAGUAAAAUAAAGUGACAGUAGGGAGGCUAUGUAUACAGUAAAAUAAAGUGACAGUAGGGAGGCUAUAUAUACAGGGGGGUACCGUUGCAGAGUCAAUGUGCGGGGGCACCGGCUAGUUGAGGUAGUUGAGGUAAUAUGUACAUGUGGGUAGAGUUAAAGUGACUAUGCAUAAAUACUUAACAGAGUAGCAGCAGCGUAAAAAGGAUGGGGUGGGGGGGCAGUGCAAAUAGUCCGGGUAGCCAUGAUUAGCUGUUCAGGAGUCUUAUGGCUUGGGGGUAGAAGCUGUUGAGAAGUCUUUUGGACCUAGACUUGGCACUCCGGUACCGCUUGCCGUGCGGUAGCAGAGAGAACAGUCUAUGACUAGGGUGGCUGGAGUCUUUGACAAUUUUGAGGGCCUUCCUCUGACACCAUUUAUGUCAGAGGAAGGCCCUCAAUAAUAUGCCAUUUAGCAGACGCUUUUAUCCAAAGCGACUUACAGUCAUGCGUGCAUACAUUUUUGUGUAUGGGUGGUCCCGGGGAUCGAACCCACUACCUUGGCGUUACAAGCGCCGUGCUCUACCAGCUGAGCUACAGAGGACCACAGUAGUCCCACAACUGCAAACCCCACCCGUCAGACACUCCAGGCAGGCUCAAUCAAACGCUCAAAGUAUUCAAAAUAUUUCAAAUGUACUAUUUGAACCAAGGUCGAAUCUCUAGAUACCAAUUCUAGUCUACCCUGGGAUGGACUUGAUUCACUAUGGUUGGUGUGGCUAGAUUCCGUUCAGUUCUUCGUUGUGAAUUAUGUUGUCUGAUAGAGCUGGGAAUUCAAAUCAAAUGUUAUUUGCCAGGGACUUCACAAUAAGAUAUUAUCCGGGGCGGCAGGUAGCUUAGUGGUUAAGAGCGUUGUGCCAGUAACCGAAAGGUCGCUGGUUCUAAUGCCUGAGGCGACUAGGUGAAAAAUCUGCUGAUGUGCCCUUGAGCAAGGCACUUAACCCUAAUUGCUCCUGUAAGUCGCUCUGGAUAAGAGCGUCUGCUAAAUGACUAAAAUGUAUAUAUUAUCACAAUACUUUGGUGGCGAUACGAUAUUUAUUGCGAUACGUUACUAAACUUUUUUUGCGAUUCGAUGUUCCGAACAUAUUGCUCACCAUAUGUCUGCUGCAGAGGGCCAAGAGAGCCAUGAGAAAACAAGUUUUGAUCAGUCAUGGAAAUAAAAGUGCUGAAAACAAAUUGGCUCCCUAUUUAAAAAUAAGAUGGAGAACAAACUAUGAAGGAAAAAUACUGAGUUUUGGUGCUGGUACAGCCAACUAAUGCAGAAAUAAUAUUGCGAUAUUGUCAAAAAUGAUACGAUAUAUCAUCAAAAAUUAUAUCCCGAUAUGUAACUGUAUCGAUUUAAUUAAUUAAAUGUUUUGCAUCACUAUUGUCUGAUGCAUUUUAUUAGUAUGUGAAAUGUCAACACACUGAAAUGUUGUCUUAACAAUUCAUCCCGUUUUAUGGUUAAUUUGGACAAUAGCGGCUCCUCUCAACGAUUUGUUUUAUUGACCACUGUUUUGUCAUUUCUUACACCAGGUUGUCCCGCAUCAAGUACAAAGAGGAGGCCCGAAAGCUCUUAUUCAAAUAUGCCGAAGCUGCCAAGAAAAUGAUUGACUCGAGGUAGGUGUUUCUGGCACACUAGAGUUAAUUGGCCAUAUUAUAUUUUUAUAUGGCCUGAUAUUCUUUGAAAUCGCUCAAAGUAUGAAGUCAGAGAAGCUCUCAAAGAAUUCCAGCUACUGAUAGCUUCUGGCACACCGUUACAGUAAAUCCCCUUGACAAUUUAGAAUAUAUUCUAUAUAUACAGUAAGUUCUAUGACUCAAGCGACGGCACAGCAUUUUUUUAACACCACCGCUUUGACGGCAAGGUCCAGAUCGUAACAUAAAAAGCAAAACAUUGUCUCAGUAAUCCGCCAUGUUUCCGGGUUUGCACUCGGAUGCUAAACCAAAAGCAGUCCAUUCUCUUUCCCCAACUGUGUGACUGGAAAGAAAAGAAAGCAUUUGUAUGGGAGCUUGAUUGGGCUAGUUGAACGGCGCUUUGGUUUGAAAUACUUUGUCUUGGCUGGAGAAUGACCGGUGUCUCUUAUGUCCUGGUAGAAACGCCACACCAGACAGCCGAAAGGUUGUGAAAUGGAAUGCGGAGGACACCAUGAACUGGCUACGGAGAGACCACUCGGCCAGUAAAGAGGACUACAUGGUGUGUGUGUAUAUUCAAGGAGUAGAGUGUGUGUGUUUGUGGUUUAGAAGUGUGGUGUACUGUAUGUAUAUGUGCCAACAACAACAAAAAUCAAUAGCUGUAUAAAUUCACCUCAAUGGAAUGUACACUGACAUGUAUAUGUUAAAAAAAAGGAUCCCAAAACAAUUUCCCCCCCCCCCCUCUCAGGAUCGUCUGGAUCACUUGCGGAAACAGUGUGGUCCCCACGUAGCGGCAGUGGCCAAAGACUCUGUGGAGGGGAUCUGUACGAAGAUCUACCACAUAUCAGCAGAGUACGUGCGACGCAUUCACCAAACCCACCAGGCGCUGCUGAAGGACUGCAACGUGUCGGGUGAGACGUUCUAAAUCGCCUCGGACUCUGAACCAUACAGGACCACAUUGACCAUAUUUAUUACAUUGGUGCACAACCAUAGAAAUGGAUUGCCUCUGAAUGGAGAUGUCCUUUCUAAUCGUUAUGCAACUUGAAAAUCCCCAAAUUCUGUCGUUGAUAUUGUGGUUUUACUCUGAAUUUAAGCCGUUCAAUAUCCAUGGUGGACUGGUUGUGUUGUGGUUUUUCUUACAUACUAACUUCCUCUUUUGUUCUACUGUUAUCCCUCCCAGACCCAGAGGCAGCCGAGGUGCAGGACAGGCUGGUGUACUGCUACCCCGUCCGGCUGGCCCUGCCCUCGCCGGCUCAGCCACGCGUGGAGCUGCACUUUGAGAACGACAUCGCCUGCCUGCGCUACAAGGGAGAGAUGGUCAAGGUCAACCGCAGCUACUUCGCCAAGCUGGUGAAUAAUAUCUUGUAUAGUAUAUUAUUAAAAGUACAAAUAUACACUGAGUGUACAAAACAUUAGGAAUACCUGCUCAUUCCUUGACAGACUGACCAGGUGGAUCCAGGUGAAAUCUAUGAUCCCUUAUUGAAUCCACUUCAAUCAGUGUAGAUGAAGGGGAGGAGACAAGUUUAAAGAAGGAUUUUAAGCCUUGAGACAAUUGAGACAUGGAUUGUGAAUGGGCAAGUCAAAAGAUUUAACUGCCUUUGAACGGGUUAUGGUAUAGAUGCCAGGCGCACCGGUUUGUGUCGAACUGCAAUGCUGUUGGGUUUUUCAUACUCAACAGUUUCCUGUGUGUAUCAAGAAUGGUCCACCACCCUAAAGGACAUCCAGCCAACUUGACACAACUGUGGGAAGCAUUGGAGUCAACAUGGGCCAGCAUCCCUGUGGAACGCUUUCGACACCUUGUAGAGUCCAUGCCCCAACGAAUUGAGGCUGUUCUGAGGGCAAAAAGGGGUGCAAUUCAAUAUUAGGAAGGUGUUCCUAAUGUUUUGUACACUCAGUGUAUGUAGGUGCACUGAGGUGUCAUUGGUUGGGCCCUGAAUGAAAUUACUAUAUUACACAAACUUUGUUCUCUGUAGUGGGGAUAAGGCAAUGGUUAUGCAUGACAUUCACAUUAUUAAGUAUAUAUAUACACACACACACCAUUUUUAGUAGCGUUGAUACUUGCACAGUACCACUGAGUGUUUGUAAUGCAUGCAAUCAGAAGUCCUACACGACCAGAGAGAUGAAUUGUUCUCUUCAAGUUUGAGCUGUUUGAGAAACUGCCAGGAUGUAAUCCUGAAAGGUGUGGUGGGUAUAAUUGACUAGCAUUGCCUUCUGGCACAUGGUGUUUCCCUCUGCUAAAUGACUCUCUUCUCCAUCCCCACCAUGCUUUCUUUCAGGAGCUCUUGUACCGAUACAGCUGCAUCGACGAUCCCAGGUUCCAGAAGUUCCUGUCACGAGUGUGGUGCCUUAUCAAGAGAUACCAGGUAAAUUAGACCCCUGCUGUUGAUUCCCCUUCCUUUACCUCUCUCACCCCUUCCUUUACCUCUCUCACCCCUUCCUUUACCUCUCUCACCCCUUCCUUCACCUCUCUCACCCCUUCCUUCACCUCUCUCACCCCUUCCUUCACCUCUCUCACCCCUUCCUUCUGCCCCUGACUUUUUGACUCACUGCUCUAUCUAUAAAAUAAAUAAAUCUCGUCCUCUGUCUUCACUGCCUAAGUAUGAAACCAUCUGUUGGGAGGCGAUGUUCUUAUAGUCCACUUUCCCUCCAUUUCGUGAUGAUGACCACUGUCCCGUUACUCUUUCUCGCCAUUUCUUCUGUAUGGCUACGUCUUGACAUUUGUUGUGCUGAUGUCAUCCUUUAUUGUGCUGCUGUCACUAUUUGUCAUGCAGGUGAUGUUUGGCGCCGGGGUGAAUGAGGGGACGGGCUUACAGGGGGCUCUCCCCGUGCCGGUCUUUGAGGCCCUCAACAAGCAGUUUGGGGUGACCUUUGAGUGUUUUGCCUCGCCGCUCAACUCCUACUUCAAGCAGUUCUGCUCUGCCUUCCCCGACACCGAUGGCUUUUUCGGAUCCAGGGGGUAGGUUUAGGUUCUGGGAGACUCACAAAAAACUAAAAAAAAGUUUGCUUCUCAUUCAAAAAAAGAUGCAUCAUUAUAUGUUGUCUACCACAGUGUUUCUCAACCUCCGGUCCAUGGACUCUUGUCAAUUUUACAAUGCUAGUUUCAAUGUAAGAAACAGGUUGAGAAACACUGGUCUAACCCAUCACAACUAAACCGAGACCACCCAGACAUGGUCAGUGUACUUUUAGUCAUUUGUUUAUCUAUGGUUCUCUAGUUUGAGCCUGUUCCAAAAUGUUCUCUUUGCCUCCCAGGCCCUUCCUGAACUUCUCACCAGCCAGUGGCUCCUUUGAGGCCAACCCUCCCUUCAGUGAGGAGCUGAUGGAUGCCAUGGUGACACACUUUGAGGUGCUCCUCCUUAGUCAUUUCCUCAUCGCUAGUUAAAACGCAUUUAGAGUGACAGUUCACCCCUCAUUCAAAGUCUGUCCGAUGUGUUUAUACUUCGAAAGUGGUAUGAGUCCAUAUACCACGUGCUGUGUAGAUGUAUUAGGAGAAAAUCCGCAGGCCUCAAUCCUACAUGAUUGGGGGAAAAUUGGCACCAUUUAACUCCAGCUUAACUUUUAACUGAACUGUUCACUUUUGAAUUCGUGGGAGAGUUUGUAUUGAACAAUGUACUGUGUCCUCUUAGAAACUUCUGGAGAAGUCCAGCGAGCCCCUGUCCUUUAUCAUCUUCGUCCCGGAGUGGCGAGACCCGCUGACCCCGGCCCUCCACCGCAUGGAGACCAGCGCCUUCCGCCGCCACCAGAUGUCGGUGCCCGCCUUCGAGCACGAGUACCGCAGCGGCUCGCAGCACAUCUGCAAGAAGUGAGUGUGUCCAACACCGCAGAGUCCAUUGUUCUGACUAGGGUUGUCACAAUACCAUUAUCGUGAUACUCAUGGCAUGGGAAAAAAAACAGGAAGCAGACUUAAUUUCUUGAUGGUCCUAAAUGCUUGAAACAGUCUUAUUUAGUCACCCAGAGUCACAUUUGUUUAUUUUACAAGCUAUAGCCUACAAUAUUUGACAUAAAGGACCAACGAGUGUAAGGUGCUUCGUGUUUUCACUUGACUGCCCAAGUGCUCAUUGCUGUAUUUUUUGGGAAAUUACGCUCCCAGAUGCACCCUAAAUAGGACACAAGCGUAGUUGCAUUUUAAUGUGUAUGAAGGGAGUUUAAAUGUAUCUCGCUCGCUCUCUCUCUCUCUCUCUCUCUCUCUCUCUCUCUCAGGGAAGAGAUGUACUACAAGGCCGUCCAUGGCACGGUGGUCAUCUUCCUGCAGAAUGCUGCCGGCUUUGCCAAGUGGGAGCCCACGCCGGAGCGUGUCCAGGAGUUGCUGGCAGCCUAUCAGGUUUGCAGGCGAGCCUUGGGCUCCCCAGGCCCCUCCUCCGCUCCCACUACGCCCUCCCCGGCCAGCGCAGGGGGGUCGGGGGACAAAGACUCUAUUGCCGCCAAGACGGCACCCGAGCGAUCAGCCAGUUUAGACACAUCACCCGCUAGCCAGGACAACAACAGCAGUAGUAGUAGUCCUGUGGAAAAGACUACACCACCUCCCGAGACAGCCAGCGUUUAAAAGCAGGGGAGGGGACAUAGGUGAGGAUAGGG